UCAUCGCUCUGAGGUGAAGACAGGAGAAGCAACAGUAGAGAACCUCCUGUUUAAUAUUUGUCCUGCAGGUAUGAUCUGAGCUCUGGGUUAGGGUUGUCAUCGCUGUUCCUGACGCCUUGUGGACAGUUUGAUGUUCUUGUCUUGUGCAGAGCUGCUGUGGAUGGAGAACCUGACGGUGGCGGUUCCUCUCCAGCAUCCCGUCGUGUUCGAGCUGGAGGGCUUCUUCGUGCCGCCGGGUUACGACUCGUUGCUGUUCGUCCUAGCGCUGCUCAGCUACGUGGCGGUUCUGCUGGGCAACGGCCUGGUGGUGAGCAUCAUCGUCCUGGACAAGAACCUGCACAGACCCAUGUUCGUGAUGGUGUGCAACCUGGUGCUGUGCGACCUGCUGGGGGCCACGGCGGUGCUGCCCCGGCUCAUGGUGCACUUCCUGACGGGGCAGAAGAGGAUCGCCUACUACCCCGCCAUCGCCCAGGCGUUCUCCGUGCACACCUACGGCGUCGCGGCGCAGACGAUUCUGGGUGCAAUGGCCUACGACAGGUACAUUGCGGUGUGCGAGCCGCUCAGGUAUCACGCCAUCAUGACCUCGGCUCGGCUGCACUGCUGCUGCGCUCUGGCCUGGCUGGUGGCGCUGCUGCUCAUCGCCGUGCUCUUCGCCUUCCACGCCAACGUCCCGCUGUGCGGCCGAACCAUCCGCCACGUCUACUGCAGCAACCGCUCCAUCCUGAGCCUGGCCUGCACGCCCACCACCGUCAACAACAUCUACGGUCUGUCCAUGACCUGGACUGUGAGCACAGGGAUCUUCCUCAUCAUCGCGUUCUCCUACAUCCGAAUUCUACAAGCGUCUUUGAAACAAGGCCAAACUGACAGCAAUGUUCGCAGUAAAGUCUUCCAGACGUGUGGGUCUCACCUCGUCAUCUACCUGCUCUAUGAAAUCGCCUCAGUGAUCAUAAUCUUGAGCUACAGGUUCCCAUCGGUUUCCCCGAACUUAAAGAAGUUCUUCAGCAUCAUGUUCUUCAUUGUUCCCCCGAUCAUUAACCCCAUCAUCUACGGACUGGUCAGUAAGGAGCUACGCAGCAGCAUCGUUAAGCAUUUAACCAUCAGCUGGCAGCGUCUUUAAAUGAUUAUAUCCCGAGAAAAGACGUUUUACCAUUUAACAUGACUGUAUGUACAUAGAACACAGAAAGUUUUGGUUGUUUUCACCAGUAAAAAUAAGAUUGUUGCGGAAUGUUGCUGCUUGUUGACAGUUUCGAGGACCAUCCGACUGACUCCUUGAUGUUCCAGCACACAAUUUCUAAAGCUCAUAACCCUGAUGGUAAAAUAACAUCUAAAAAAGAGAAGAUCUUCUGUGCUGACCAAACUGAAACCUAAAGCUGCUUGGAAAAAUUUAUUCUCAUAGUUUCUAAUUGUUUAAAAAAAAAACAAAUAGAUGCUUAACUUUGCAGCUUCAUUUUUAUCUGAUAGUUUGCUGUUGUUCUGUCAUAUUAUCAUCAUAUUUGUUGUGCUGAUGGAAAACUACACCAACAACAGCUUCUCUCUGCAGAUGGAAGAGUUAAAGGUCACCAAGAAUCUACAUGUCUAGUCUUUUUCUUGUUGCUUCUUUCCCAUAUUGUGAUUAUGGUUUUGAAUAUGAGUGUUUUUGUUCUGAUGUUCACUAAUAAGA